AAAAAUAUGAGGAUUUUGUUGGUUAUUAAAAACUACGAGAUAACUGAUCUGAGUCUCCUGGCGAAACAAUAUUUAUGUUAUUUUGAACUUCGAGGACAAUUGAGGUUAGGUUUCCCUCCGUAACAGCACAUGUCACAUGCUGAAAUCACCAACUUGUGGAGGUGAAUCAGCUAUACACUGAUAUGAAAAUAGUGGAUCACGAGUCCAUCCUCGGAGUUUGAUCUCAUCGGUGACACACGUUACAAGUGUCAGAAAUGCAGUAACAACAAAGAAGACGGUCUAUUGUUAUCCUUUAUUUUAUUUUUAAUUCACACAUUGUUGGCGAUUUUGGAGUACGAUGACGUUAACUAUUGUAUAAACAAUAAGAACCGAGGAAAACAAGUGUGUAUUCAGCCAUUGGGAGUUAUAAUUGUCGUUAAAACGUCAUGACAGUUGUGUGAGAGGUUAAGAUACCUCCAGAAUAGUUGCAAUCAGUUAUCCCGGAUUCAGACGAGAAAAAGUGAACACGAUGGACGGAAGGACGAAUUCAGUGGAAAAUGACUACACGGAGAUUGUCCAACGUCUUCCAAGAAAACAAAAAUUGGCAUAUGGAGUUGGACAUAUACUUAAUGAUAUUUGUGCUUCUAUGUGGUUCACAUACUUGAUUGUUUUUUUUCAUUAUGUACUUGGAUUCGAUCCUGUGUUCUCGGGAUUGAUUUUAUUUAUUGGCCAAAUUGCUGAUGCUUUUGCAACGCCCUUUGUCGGACUCCAGUCUGACAAAGAUGACGAUUUCUGGCUGUGUAGGUAUGGACGGAGGAAAACCUGGCAUUUACUCGGAACCUUCUGUGUGCUGUUCUCCUUCCCAUUUAUAUUCUCAAAGUGUAUUAAUUGUGAAUAUGCAGAACAUUGGGCCCAGUUGGUCUAUUAUGCGGCCUUUGUUAUUAUUUUUCAAUUCGGCUGGGCUUCCGUGCAAAUAUCACACUUGUCCUUAAUCCCAGACUUGACUCCUACCGAGCACGAGAGGACAGAGCUGACUGCGAUCAGAUACAUGUUUUCAGUAUUCGCAAACAUAUUUGUUUACGUCGUUUUUUGGGCGGUAUUACAUAUCACUAGUGACGAUGCAGGAAAUCAGCAAAUAAACACAAAUGAUGCACCAAAGUUUCAAAAUAUCGUUUUAAUUGGAAUAACGAUUGGGUCGAUAACUUCGAUAAUGUUUCACAUGUUCGUUAGGGAAGUUCAGCAUUCACCAACAGGUCCACUGAGAAGGGACCUGAGGCCCGCUUCGUCAUUCCUCAAGGACCCUAAAUUCUACCAGGUGGCCUCGGUCUAUAUGGCAUGCAGAUUAUUUGUUAAUAUAGGACAAACUUACAUGCCUCUCUAUCUUCACGAGAGUCUGUUGAUGCCAGCCACUUCCCUGGCUGUGAUACCGCUGAUCAUGUUUAUGAGUAGUUUUAAAUGGUCCCUGGUCAUUGGAAGACUCAAUACGAAAUUGGGUCGAAAGUGGGCGUAUCUGAUCGGUGUGAUUCAGGGCCUAGCAGCCUGUAUCUGGAUAUACUUGGGUCACGGCGAAUUUUAUACUCAUUAUGCAAUUUAUCCAGUGGGACUUCUAUUGGGUGGUGGAGGAUCUGUGAUGUUGGUUACUAGCCUUGGUGUAACAGCCGACCUAAUUGGUCCGAAUACCGAAUCCGGAGCGUUUGUAUAUGGUGCUAUGAGUUUCACCGACAAACUGUGUAAUGGAAUCGCUGUUAUGGUUAUUCAGUAUACAAAACGUUGUGCAGUUGGUUGUCCUACCUAUUACCGAGACGUUCUGAGCUUCGUCUGCGGUGGAGCUGCAAUUUUCUCGGCCAUAAUGAUAUUUAAUAUUAAACAAGGCAGUGGAAAUAGUGAAAUCGAAAGUACUCCGGAGUAUACUACGCUGGCAGCAGAGCCCAGCUUCGAAACAGAUGUCGAGAUAGCCCCUACCCAUGUAACUUCUCCUAAUCCAGAGGGUGAUAGCAAUUCUCGACAAUAAGUGAAUCCACUACAAAGAAUAAUUGAAUCUGCAUCUAAUAUCACCUUAGAUUGCUAUCCAUUGGAAACAACAUCACAUUAUUUAAAUGGAAAAGAUAUAAUUUUCGAUAAAAAAGUAUUUGAAAAAUCAGGAAUGAA